AUGCCAUGCAGCCCCCGUGCCCUGGAGAAGGUGCCCAGCUGCAGCGCAGGACCUCCUGGCCGCUCUCGCUCAGCAGCUGCAAAGGGAGAUGGCUGGAGUGUGCGCGCACGGCCCUCCACGGGAACUUUGAACCAAAAGAACUGGGGAAAGAAAUAUUCAGCCUGCAAUGGUGCCAAACAGUCUCCUAUUAAUAUAGAUGAAGAUCUUACCCAAGUAAAUGUGAAUCUGAAGAAACUUAAAUUCCAUGGAUGGGAAAAGACAACUUUGGAAGAUACUUUCAUUCGCAACACUGGCAAAACAGUGGAAAUUAACCUGACAAAUGAUUAUUAUGUAAGUGGAGGUGGGUUAGACACCGUAUUCAAAGCAAGCAAGAUCACUUUUCACUGGGGAAAAUGCAAUGUGUCAUCAGAUGGAUCAGAACAUAGUUUAGAAGGACAAAAAUUUCCUCUUGAGAUGCAAAUCUACUGCUAUGAUGCAGAUCAAUUUACAAAUUUCGAAGAGGCAAUUAAAGGAAAUGGAAAGUUAAGAGCUUUAUCAAUUUUGUUUGAGAUUGGACUAGAAGAUAAUCCGGAUUAUAAUCCAAUCAUUAAUGGAGUAGAUAGUGUUAGUCGUUUCGGAAAACAGGCUGCCUUAGAACCAUUUAUUAUGCUGAACCUUUUGCCAAAUGCAACAGACAAAUAUUACACUUAUAAUGGGUCUUUAUCAACUCCUCCCUGCUCUGAAACGGUUGAAUGGAUUGUGUUUAAAGAUACCAUUAGUAUUUCUGAAGACCAGUUAGCUGUGUUCUGUGAAGUCCUUACAAUGCAGCAGUCUGGCUAUGUUAUGCUGAUGGACUACCUGCAAAAUAACUUUCGAGAGCAGCAAUAUAAGUUCUUUGGGCAAGUGUUUUCCUCUUACACUGGACAAGAAGAAAUUCAUGAAGCAGUUUGCAGCUCAGAACCUGAAAAUGUUCAAUCUGAUCCAAAGAAUUAUACUAGUCUUCUUGUUACAUGGGAAAGACCUCGGGUUGUAUACGACACCACAAUUGAGAGAUUUGCUGUCUUUUAUCAACAGUUGGAUGGAGAAGACCAGCCUAAGCAUGAGUUUCUGACAGAUGGGUAUCAGGACUUGGGGGCUAUUCUAAAUAAUCUGCUGCCCAAUACAAGUUAUGUUCUUCAGAUAGUUGCUGUUUGCUCUAAUGGUCUAUAUGGAAAAUACAGUGACCAAGUCAUUGUUGAUAUGCCUUUAGAGGACCCAGAUCUUGAGGCAAAAGGGGAUUUCUUGGAGCUCCUGCUUGUGAAUUUAUGAAAGAAAAGUUAUCUUCACCAUGAAGACAUGAAAUAAAAUUGACUCACAUAAAGCAUAAGCUAAAACUUUCAUUUUCAAGAAUUACUCUGAGUAAGCCAGUUUAAUUAAGAUGAAAUUCACUGCAGUCACCUCCAGAUCAAUUAAUCUUCAUGUUAAGAGCUAAAGUGAGGCAUGAGUCAUGCAGAAGCAUUAGAUGGGCCCUUUUCCGGGAAGAAUUCUGCCCUUGGAGUGGCCACUUUUAAUAAGGGAAGUUUCAGUACACUGUGCAACAUAAAUCUGGUGUUCAAAAAACUCACGACCAUUGCUUUAGCUUUUUCCUUUUGAGAGGCUUGCAAGAGAGAGCGUUUCUCAUG